AACGGCAGUCUCUAAUCAAUACUUCCCGCUCCCCAUCUAGAUUUGAACAACUUGUUAUUAAAUUUAUUUAUUUUUUGUUGUUGCAAUUUCGACUCUUAUCGCGAUAUCGUAGUACUAACCUAUUUGGAGCGUUUUAUCAGAUACAGAUUAUACUGUUCUUGUAAGCGGUUUAAUUAGGGAAGAGAGAAAAAUGAAUCGAAUUUUCUGUUUUCUUCACCCAAAAAAUUAUAUUGAAAAACAAAUUUCUUUUUAUUUUAGUAAAACAUUCUCAACAAAAAAUUUCAAACCAUUUUACGACAGUUUUCUGCAACAUUCUGAUAAUAUAGCUGUAAUUGAUAAUCGUGGUUCGUUUAGAUAUAAAGAUAUUUUGCAUACUAGUUAUCUUUUAGCCCAGAAAAUUAAAAAAAUAAUUCCUAACUCUAAUGAAAGGAUUUCUUUCCUGUGUUCAAGUGAUGCUACUUAUGUGUCUGUGCUAUUAGCUUGUUGGAUUACUGGUAACACUGCAGUUCCUUUAUGCAGUGCACAUCCCCCUUCACUUUUAGAGUAUUAUAUUACUGAUUCACAAAGUAACCUUUUAAUUUCAAAUGAAAAGUAUGUGGAAACAAUAAAAAAUAUUGCAUCCAAGUCCAAUCUUCCUUACUUUACUGUAGAUCAUGAUAUAUUAUCUAGCUCGUCAACUGUUGAUCAUCAUCAAUUAUUACAAUCAGAGUUCUUUUCAUGGGAUUCUAGUUAUGAGAACAAAAGAGGGCUUAUAAUUUACACCAGUGGAACUACUGGUCGACCCAAAGGUGUUGUUCUAAAUCAUGGUACCCUUCAUGCACAGACUUCAGCUGUUAUUAAAAUGUGGGAAAUUUCAUCAACUGACUCUAUUCUCAAUUCUUUGCCUCUUCAUCAUAUACAUGGAAUUAUGAAUGCAUUACUUUGUCCUAUAAAAGUUGGUGGCACAGUUGUCUUUCAGCAGAAAUUUGAUACAGUAGAGGCAUGGAAACACUUUCUUAACAUGGAUAACAAGCCCAGGGUAAAUCUGUUUUUUGCUGUUCCUACUAUGUACGCAAAGUUAGUGCAAGAAUUUGAGAAAGUUGGGAAAAGUGAAAGUGAAGCUAGAAAGCAAUGUUUGAAAUCAAUGAGGUUAAUGUGCUCUGGUUCUGCAUCUUUACCAGUACCAGUUUUCUGUCGUUGGGAAGAUAUUACAGGCCAUCGUAUUGUUGAACGUUUUGGAAUGUCUGAAAUUGGAAUGGCAUUGUCUACUCAAUUAAAGGGGCCCCGUGAGGCAGGUACUGUUGGGGUUCCUUUACCUGAUGUUGAAGUUAAAAUACGAAAAAUAAGUGAUGAAUCUUCAAAUGAAGCAAUUGAUUUGGUCGUGGGUGAUUAUUCUCAAGUAAAAGUUCUAACAGGGGGUGAUACUUCUGGUGAGCUACUUGUUAGAGGUCCUAAUGUGUUCAAGGAGUAUUGGAAUAAGGAAAAGGCUACUAAGGAAGCAUUUACAGAAGAUGGUUGGUUCCUCACAGGUGAUACUACAUGUUUUGAGAAUGGAGCUUUUAAGAUUCUCGGAAGAACAUCUGUUGAUAUAAUAAAAAGUGGAGGAUAUAAGAUUAGUGCUCUUGAAGUUGAAUCCUGCUUACUUCGACAUCCUGAUAUUGUUGAAUGUACAGUGCUUGGACUUCCUGAUGAUGUAUGGGGAGAAAGAGUUACUGCUAUUAUCGUAUUCAAGAAAGGUAAAGAAGUAUCAGAUGCUGAGCUCAAAACUUGGUGUAAGCAAUAUAUACCUCCAUAUACAGUUCCAUCAAUCAUUAAACAUGUUAACGCAAUUCCUCGAAAUGUCUUGGGAAAAGUCAAUAAAAAAGAAAUGAGAGCACAGUUAGCAUCUGACAAAAAAUGAAAAUCAUGUUUUGUGAAUAAUCAACUACUUACUAUUUUUACUACUUAGAAUCUUGUUUGUUACUUAUUAAAUUUCUUUUUUUUUUAUUUAAUUAUAUUUGAUAUAUUUUGUCAAAAGCUGAUAAAUGUUUGAAGCAAAAAAAAGAUGGAAAAUCAACAUUUAAGCAACUUUAUUUUUAAAAAUCUUUAUUCAGUUAUUCUUAUUUGUAGAAGUUAUUUUUACAAUUGAUGUAAAUACAGGUAAUUAAUUUUAAAGCUGCGUUAUAUAUUUAAAUAUUAUAAAAUUAUAAAAGCAACAUAUAAUAGUUUUAUUUUGGCAAUAUUUCUGUUUAAGGUGAUUUAACAUUUUAUUAUUUUCCUGUUUUAACAUAUAUUAAUAACUAAUGAAACAUAUAUUAAUAAUUAUUGUAUGAACAAAUCUAUUUUAUGAAGUAAAAACAUAUCAGAUUUUGUUUGGAGGUGAUUUUUGUCAACU